GGGGAAAGUUUGUUGACCGACCUCUUUGAACAUGCAUAAUGUCACGUCAGCUGCGCGCGGGCCGGGGCACCUGCAUUAAUAAACUGUGUGUGCAAAACAUGUGAGAAUAAAGCACUCGUAUCCAUUUCUGUCCACAUCCUUGGCUUAAAUUCAUGGCACAACGACGUGGCAAGUAUUUAAUUUGUGGAUUUGAGGAGCUGUCACCAUGUUUAAAGAACUUAGCCCAGGGAGUUCUGCAAUUGAUUGGUGCGAGGAUAAUUACUCGGUCUUUCCAUUCAUUGCUGAAUUCUACAACACAAUCAGCAAUGCUCUCUUCUUUGUGUUCCCGCCCCUGAUGUGGGUCCUCUUCAAGGAGUACGCGCGGCGUGUCAACCCUUCCAUUAAUCUCAUCUGGCUGCUAUUGAUGGUAGUCGGAGCGUCGUCUGUCUACUACCAUAGCACACUAAGUCUCUUUGGCCAGCUGUUGGAUGAAGUGGCCAUUCUCUGGGUGGUGUUGUGUGGGGCGGGCCUGUGGUUUCCGCGGCGAUAUUAUCCUAGGAUUCUAAACGGAAACAGAAAGCUUUUCCGCAUCAUUGUAACCAUAGUGACGCUCGGUGGAACGAUGAUUGCUUUCAUCAAUCCAUGGCUCAACUCAUUCCUAAUGAUGCUGUUUGUCAUUCCUGGCAUCAUCACUAUGUACCUGGAACUCAAGAGGGUGCACUGCCCGCGGGUCGUCAGACUCUGUCGGACCAACAUGGUUCUCUGGGUCAUCGCCGUCACCUGCUGGGUCAUGGACCGCACCUUCUGUGACUUCUGGCUCUUCGUCUCCUUCCCCUACCUCCACUGCUUCUGGCACAUCUUGGUCCUGGUGGCGUCUUACAGCUCCGUGGUCCUCUUUGCCUACUUCGACGCCAUGAAUGAGUUCCCGGAGAUGGGGCCCGUGCUGCGUUACUGGCCCAAGGACCGCUACACCAACUUCGGCAUUCCGUACGUGACGCUAAAGUGCGUUGUCGCCAAGCCAAAGGAUUGAACCUGUGCUGCUGCAGUUUGACUCAAAAAUCAGGUGGUAUGGUGGUAGUGUUUCACUUUCAGGGGUCAUAUACUUUCAGUAAAUGAAGACUUGCCAUUCCUUUUUCAAGUUGUUAAUUCUGUAGCGCUUAUCUGUGUAAUACUAUCUGAAGAACUCUCACCAAAUUACUGUCAACGUGUUGUUGGAAAUAUUCAACAAAUCGGGUAUUGAUGAUGAACAUGAUGAAAGGAAAAAUUGACCUGGAUAGCGGUGUAUUCAAAACCUGAUGGUGGAUGUUUCCACGGAAUGAUGAAAAAGCCUUUAACUCCAUGCUGUCAUUCUUUCGUUUAGGUUUAAACAACUUUUUUGGCAAUGUUAUUUUUUUUGUAGAUUGGGAAACCUGGCUUUAUUUCUGUAUGUGUGAAAAAAUCCUGCAUUGUACACUGCAACUUUCAAGCAUUCAAUCAUAUUCCCAAUUCUUGCCCCAAACUAGAGAAGCUCAUAAGCACAAUUGUUGGAGUUAGGAUUUUUUUUUCAAGUGUUAGGAUAUUUUUAUUCAGGUCCUCUAACUGCCAAGUGUCACAUCUGGGCUUUGAGUCACAACAGCAGAAUCAAAGUCACACUUCCUUGAUAAGUGUUUGGUUCAUCUUAUUUUAUAUAUUAAUUUUAAAAAAAAUCUAUUGUAUUAAAGUACUAGUACCUUUUCGUUAAUUUGUUUACAAUGUGGGUUCUUAUGAUUCACAAAUAUUGUUGUCCACUGCCACCAUAACUUAGCUUUAGCUUAGCAAGUGAAAAGUUUUAUAGUUAUAUUUAUCAAACAAACAAGCCCUUGUUCUAAUUUAGCAUUGUUCAAAGUGCACAGAUUUGCCCUUGUACAUGAACUAUUAAAUGCAGAAUUCAAUUAAGUGUAAAAUAUUUGGUUCAGUUCCUAUAAGCAUGAUUGAAACAAAACCUAACAAACUCCAACUUUGGUUACUAAUUGCAGUUUCACCCUCAUGUUUUACGGAAUUCGCCCAGCUUUGAAAUAUUAAACGCAGUGUCAGCAUUAUGAACUCUACUUUAUUUCGGAUUCAAAUUUGAUGUGUGUUCUGCCAAAUGGCGUUAAUUGUCUUUAUGAAUUCAAGAUGGUAGUACUAUUUGUGACAGUAAAAUUCAGUGAUCAAUGCAAAUGUACAUAGAAAAAGAAAAUGUGAGCACAAAUUUAAGAGUAAUAUAUAUAUUUAUUAGGUAGAAAAUUAUAAGUGCAUGUAAUCUACAAUGAUUCUCACAAUAGUGGCAUGUAGUCUAUUAUCUCGUUAGUUAAUCUGUUUAGUAUAAGUCUUGAUUUUGCGGAGUUUCCAAAUUUUAAGAAAAUCUCUUCCAGUUUUUUUUUUAACCCUACAGGUAAGUGUACUAUUAAAUGUUUGAAAGGUUUGCCCAGUAAAACCUGAUUUGUUUUAAAGUCAUUAUUUAUGUCAGAAGGUUUGCUACAGUUAAUCGUAAAAAUUUAGUCUUGUUUUUAUUGUUUUUAAUUAAGUGCUUUAGUUUCCGUUGUUUACUGAGGGCAUUUGAUAAUUAUUUGUAUUGUUAAUUGAGAGUUGUUGUUGAACAAUUUCAUGUAAAUGUGUGAAGCACAAAUAAACACAUCGCAGAGGUACAUUCAUUUAUAAUGUAUAUGUAUCGGUACAGGUAUGCAUACAUUAACUUGUACACAAUUUUUUAAAAGCCAUGACGAAAUAAUAUUUUUUGGGGGGUUUAUAUUCCAAGCAAGAGAGUAUUCAAAAUCUCAUGAAAGACAGGUUUUUUUUUUAAAGCAAUAUCAUACUUUAGUUUCCAAGAAAACAGGAAAUCUCAUGCAUAAUUAUGUUGAUCAUCGAUAAGUCUUCAACCUAGCAUCAGAUGCAGCACAAUAUUCAGUUGUCAUGACAACAAUGCAGAACAAAUUUUGCCAUUAAUCACAGAUGCAGAGUUUUGUCGGAAAUCUUAUACUGUGUUGCAUCAGAACAGGUUGUUCUGGUAUUAACAUAAUUGGAAAGCCAAUUUUAUCUAAUGUGGGUCUGUUAACAAUUAUGUAAAUGUACAUGUACCCAUGUGCAUGGGCACUUAAUCUUGAACAACCUUAUCCAGCUGUGAAGUGCUUGUAAGGGAAACCUGCUUGUUCCAUCAACAUGAUCAAGGACAAAUGCAACUCAUUGUAUCUAAAUGUUUGUGUAAUUUCUCCAUGCUCGGGAUAUUUCAUCCUUGAGCUGCAUAAUGAAUACGAAUGACCUACAAUUUUACUUCAUAGUGUGCGGCUGCACAUGUAUCUUAGAAACAUAAUGUAAUAAUCUGUAACUAUUACCUGUAUGUACCAUGAUGAAAUGCCUUGUUUUACAGGCCUGUACAUUGUAGGAUCAUUUGCAUUUAUCCCAAAAUUAACAUACCAAAUUAUUAUCAAUAACUUUACUUGAAUUAAAGAUCGUUCUGGUACUAAACUCAUCGUGAAAUUAUUCAGUCUGUCUUGAAGUCAUUUUGGAGAAAUCAAGAAAUAUGUAGGUGAUUUCCAAAGAUCAGUCAAUUGACUGAUUUUUUUUGUUGGAAUAAAGAGUGCUACUGAAGAAACUCAUGUGAUCAAAUGGUUAUGCAUGGUUUUCACUGCUUUCUUGAAAAGUGUAAUAUCCACCGAGUUGAAACUUCCACAGGUUAGGUUUUGAACAUUCUUCUUUGGAUUUUGAGUGGUGCUAUUAUUGGAAACGAACAAAAUGCAUGAAAAGCAAAUGAUCCUGAUAUAGUCAUUAUAUGUGCAUGUCUUUUUGCCAAGGUUGUGGAUCACUGCCGACUAACAUGUGCAAUUUACAGUAGUUAAAACUUUCACAUGUUACAUUAAGUAAUUUGUUCUAUGUAUUCUGGGUGUCGCCUUUUGUGUUUAAAUAUAAAUCAAAAUCUGCAGUGAUCAAUGCAAAUGUAAAAAGCCUGAGUAAACUUUAGUCAAAUUCACAAAUGUAGAUUAUGGAAUUUUCAAAAUCAUUUCCUUUUCAGGGUGUUUCUGAAAAUUUUAAUGUCUCAUUAAUUUGAAUUUGAAUUUCAUUUAACAGUUGGUUCAGAUAAUUGUGUAUUAUUACAAAGUUUUAAUAUAUACCUUGAUAAAAUACACAAAUUCAAAUUAGUUUGAAUUCAUCUUCCAUUUUUUUUUGGCAGCUGCAAAUUCCACUCGUACACAAAUCAAAUCGAUAUUAAAUUUGCUAUUCAAAAGUAUGUAAAGAUUCAUUUUCCAACGAAAAUGUCUUUCAUUUUUACUAAAGCUGAUGUAUUAGGACAAUGUCAUUAUUUUUGUCACACAUUGAGGAUGUUUAUUAUUGCACAGUAAAAUAAUAAUGUUGUGAUCCCUUAAGGCUUACAUUUAUUUAUGCGGGUCAGCUUUAACGCACAAGCAGUACCUGGCUUAUGAUAUCCCCAGUUACGUGUAUAGCUACAUGUGUAGCUAAGGGCACUGUUGUCUAGUUGUUUGUUAGUUUUAUGUAAAGAGCAAUCGCGUUUAGAAAAUUAAUCCGCGGGGCAGGUACCCUCAACAACUCACAAGCAUGAGUACAAAGAGCAGUGGUUUUUAUGUUUUACAUUGAGGGGCAAUGAUUCCUUUGAAAAAAAAAGAGCUUUGUAUAUUAUGCUCAUUUCACGCUCGAGCUAGACUUGGCACAAGUCUGGUGUACAUGCACAGGUACAGUCUUCCAUACUGUAUUUACCCCUAUAUAAGUCUGACUUGAGUCAAGUCUAGCUCCUAAUUCAAAGCUGAAUUGAAAAUAAAGUGAUAACGUAGCAUGGACCAAUUUUUUUGUUCAAUGUCUCAUUGGAAAGUUCAUACCUUUUGUAAUGCUAACAACUCAUGAACAAGCCAAUUAUAAAAA